AUGUCGCGAAUCACGCUGACAGAGACGACUGCUUCCGGAGUCCUGCUCAACACGUACGUAGUGACACCUACGGAGGUAACGCCUGCUGAACGAAGCGGACGAGAUGAUCACCACGCUCAUUCAUCGUCGCGUACCAAUGCGAGGAUAGAUGUCAUCAGUCCAGAGAUCACGACGACCCAUGGCACUGCAUCGGAGACUACCAAAGCCUCCUCGUCAGGACUGUCGAUCUCGUCGCUACGGGAUUCCGUGCUGGCGCCGUUUCUUCCAGUCGGCUAUCCGGACAGUGUAUCACCAGACUACACUUCCUACCAGCGCAAGUCCUUCUCUCCCAAAAUCCCGUUCUACGACUCACUACAAGCCGCUCUCUCAACGAUCGCCUCCCUGCUCGCCUCGCGCGCCGUUCUCACCACGCUCGGUGUAGGCUCCGCGGAUGCGACCACUGCCCUGGCAAUCAACCUCUCAAUCUUCCAGACCACCAUUUCCAACAUCAGCUCCAUCCUCUUUGCGCAUCGAUUCGCCACCGCUAUCGCUCAAGACGUCAAAUUUUACCGCUUCUUCGCAGACAUCGUUAAUGAUACAGCUUUUGUGCUAGACGUGUUGAGCCAUCGCUGCCACAGUAUGGGCGUAUCCCAGCUCUCUGUAUCGCGUCAGCAUGUCGCAGUAUCUGCGGCGUGGCAGGAGGUGCGAGCAAAGCAGUGUUGA